CGACAGACCACCCACUCAGCCACCGUCAAGGACAUCUUCUUAUCAUUCACGGCGUGAGUCUCUCCGCGCCGACGGUGAGCAUUGUGCCUCUUGCAGACUAAGGACUAAACUCGUUCAGCCUCGACACUGCCUUACCAUGCCUAUUUCUGUCACAACCAAGAGUGGCGGGGCUCCCGUCCAUGGGGAUGAUGUGCCUCUCGUCAUCGACGGCAAUGAAGUCUUCUCCGACGACACCUUCGACGUGGUCAACCCAAGUACGGGGGCUGUCGUACACAAGAGCUCGAAUGCCCAUGUGUCCCACGCACAAGCGGCUGCCCAUGCUGGAGAAAGGGCUUUUGAGUCUUGGAGCCAGACGACACCUGCGCAGCGUCGAAACAUCUUCCUAGCGGCCGCCAAUACUGUCGAGAAGCGUUCGUCAGAGUUGAAGGAGUACAUGAUGCAGGAGACCGGCAGCGACGAGGGAUGGGCAGAGUUCAACAUGUACCUCGCCAAGGAGUGUCUCCUUGACUGUGCAAGUAGGAUUACUGCAAUCGAAGGGAGGAUACCGAGUCCAAGCGACCCGACCACGGGCGCGCUCGUUGUGAAGGAGCCCUACGGCGUUGUUCUGGCCAUUGCCCCCUGGAACGCCCCCUAUGCGCUAGGCUUCAGAGCCGUCGUGUGGGCGAUUGCUGCGGGUAACACUGUGGUCUUCAAGGGCUCGGAGCUGAGCCCUCGCUCGCUCUGGGCUGUUGCUUCGGUGCUUCAAGAAGCAGGGCUCCCCAACGGCGUUAUCAAUUUCAUCACCUGCAACCCGCAGAAUGCCCCAGAAGUUACCAAGACCCUGAUCAGCAACCCAAUCAUCAAGAAGAUCAACUUCACCGGCAGCACCGUCGUGGGUCGCAUUGUCGCCGAAUGGGCCGGCGCAAACCUGAAACCCCUUCUCCUCGAACUGGGUGGUAAAGCACCGGCUAUCGUAUGCGAAGAUGCUGACCUUGACGUCGCAGCUAAGCAAUGUGCGCUGGGAGCAUUCAUGUAUGCGGGACAGAUCUGUAUGAGCACCGAGCGUAUCCUAGUCCACAAGUCGAUCCGCCCAGAGCUGGAAGAGAAGCUGAGGGAAUGGACGGACAAGCUUUUUGCUUCGCAGAGCGACAGCCCUGUCCUGAUCGCAGACCGAGCGGUGGCCAAGAAUCAACGUCUGGCCCGGGACGCCUUGGCCCAGGGCGCAUCACUGGUGUGUGGUGAAGUGGAUGCUACCGAAUCGACCAAGACACGGCUGCGGCCCAUCAUCAUUAGCAAUGUCAAGCCCGACAUGGAAAUCUACAUGACCGAGUCUUUCGGCCCAACAGUCUCCAUUAUCGAGUUUGAGACUGAGGAGGACGCUCUCACCAUUGCGAACGACACUGAGUACGGCCUCUCUUCAGCCAUCUUCUCUCGCGAUCUGCGAAGAGCUUUGAGGCUUGCCAAGAAGAUAGAGACAGGAGCUGUGCAUAUUAACCGCAUGACUGUUCAUGACGAAUCAGCCCUGCCGCAUGGAGGUGCCAAGUCCAGCGGCUUCGGGAGAUUCAAUACAGGGAUGGAGGAAUGGGUCCGGACUAAGAAUAUCACGUAUGAUUUAUGAGUUAAUUGCAAGACACUGCCGCUGAAGAAAAGAAUUCGUUGUCCCGCCAAUAUGAUCAUUCAGGGUAGGGAAUCAAUCCAUCCACGUCAAUAUCCGACUUUGUGGAUUGAAUUGACGGCUUACUCAGCAGAGUGCCCGUGGAUUGAUGUCCACGAGGCUAUCUGUGGAUUGAUGUCCAUAAUAUUGACCCCGUGGAAGACCCCUGUCACAUUAACUCGGAUUUCCUAAUCGGGCAAUUCGGGAACCUAUCGCCGAAAUUUCGAUUGCCUCACUCCUGCUGCUCCUCCAAACAAGCCCGUCCAACAGCCUCCUCCAACGCUGUAUCGUCAAGCAGUAUGCUAUCGACAUCUUCGAUAAUGCCUGCGCGUAACCAAGAUCGCAGCGUUUGGAUUAGUCCAAUCGUCCCAGCGUCUAAGCGGUUUCGGAGCGGCGUGACCAUCAACUCGGUGGCAGAGAACAGUCUCUCGCACUCCGAGCUCAUGGCCGGCACU